AUGGCGCAGACCGUGGUGGGUGCUGCUUUGCUGGGUGCUGCAGGCACCGCUUUCUUGGCCUCUCCAGGAUCUCCAGGGCCUGUGAGCCAAACCGCUCCCAGCCUGCGCGGCACAGCGCCAGGCAACCCUGGCAGUGCGGGCAGUGCUGGUGUGGCCGGCACUGCAGCUCUGGCCAGCUUGGCAGGCGUUGCCAUGGCAGCUGCUGCCGGACGAAGGAGCGGAGCCACCAGCUGCAACGCUGCUGCUGUGAAGAAGAAGGGCGCGAAGGUGGUCCACGGCAAGGAGAUUCCAUGGAACCUGUUCUCCCCCAAGGCACCCUACCAGGGCAAGGUUGUUGAGAACGACUUCCACCCGCAGACUCUGACGGAGCCAACUGGUGAUGCCAACUGGGAGACCACCCAUGUGACCUUCGACCACGGUGGCAAGGUGCCUUACAUCGAGGGGCAGUCCAUUGGUGUUAUCGCGCCUGGCCCUGACAAGAAGGGCGAGCAGCCAGCCAAGAUCCGUUUGUACUCCAUCGCCUCCUCUGCUGUGGGAGAUGAUCAGACCUCCAAGACUGUGUCUUUGUGCGUGAAGCGAGUGGUGGAGUUGGAUGGCAAGUUCAGCAACCGAGCAAAGGGAGAGGACAAGCCUGACAAGGCAGGCACCGCUUUCCCAGACAACGAGGUCUACCGCGGAGUUUGCUCCAACCACAUCUGCGACAUGACACCAGGAGACGAGGUGCUCAUCACAGGCCCCACCGGUGCAGAGAUGUUGUUGCCAGAGGACCCGGAGGCCAACAUCAUUAUGCUUGCCACAGGCACGGGCAUUGCACCCAUGCGUUCCUACUUGAGGUUGCUUUUCCACGACAAGGCCGGUGCUGCCGCCGACGGAGGACGCAAGUUCAAGGGUAUUGCUUGGCUCUUCAUGGGUGUGCCAUAUUCCAAGUCCCUGCUGUAUGACGACGAGCAUCAGACCUACAAGAAGGAGUACCCAGAUCAGUUCCGCUAUGACUACGCCGUGAGCCGUGAGGACAAGAAUGCGGCUGGACAGAAGAUGUACAUCCAGACCAAGAUGGCCGAGUAUGCCGAAGAACUCUGGGAGAUGAUGCAGGACGAAAAGACGCAUGUCUACAUGUGCGGCUUGAAGGGUAUGGAGAGCGGCAUGGCCGAGUGCUUCGGCCCUAUUGCCGAGAAGAACGGCAUCGUUUGGACCGAGUUUGCCAAGGCCAUGAAGAAGGCUGACCGCUACCACGUCGAGGUCUACUAA